AUGGGGGCGGAGAAUCGUCGACGAAUUAAGAGGCCCCAUCUCAUCGUCACACGAUCACUGCGCCCCCGGUUCCCUCGCGCCCUCAGCUGCAAACAGCUCAGCGUCGGUUUUGCCGACACCCCUCGCCAAUCAACAGAAUCGUGGGCCUGGGCGUGGCAGGCAAUGCGAAGACGGGAUACCGCGCUUGGAUACAAGGAUCCACGGCCAACAUUUCAGAGGGGCCAACGGAACUAUCGAUACCAGCCGGAGGCUCAGCGAAGGCGGCACUUUGCGUCCACACCCCCUCCCACGUCACCUCGUAGCGUUCUGUCGCGUGCCUCGUAA